AUGGGUAAAUUUGUAAUGCCACCAGUUCAAGAAAUUCUUACGAAAAAGACAAUCUACGGACCGAAAAAAGAUCCAAUAUGGGUUACAUUGGAAAAAGAAAUGCUAGAAAACAUCAACAAGAAACCUUACAAUGAAAGAGUUGGAAAAUGGCUGAGAUUUCUCAAGGACCUGAAGUAUCAUCAUUUCUGCGAAGCUAAUAGGAAGGAAAAACGACUUAAAAGAGAAGCUGGCCCUAGAUGGUAUGUCGAACUUUCUAGUCAGCAGAAAACGGUUUUGUCGCAUUUGAAAGAAGAUAUACACCAAGACUUAUUAGAAGAUGUACCUCGACGCAUGCGCAAAGCUCUGUCAGAUCUCGGAAUAUCGCUGAAAAUCCCUAAGAAAGUUUUAAUGGAUGCGAUGGUGGAAUGCAUUGAAGAUCCUGGUCUUUUCUUUUGGAAACUCUACACAACAAUUUAUAAAAUAUCUCCGACUGAAUUGAGAAAAAAAUACGACAAUGACGCCAUGAUAAUGAUGUCCUGCUUGGUUUUCAUUGACAUUAAUGAAUGCAUUGAGACACUAAAUGAAAUCACACAAACUGAAAAAUCUGCGACACCGGCUCCUAAGAAAAAAAAGAAAAAACCCCCUCAACCAGAUGGCAAGUAUGGAGAAUACUUGCAAAAGUUUCAUGUCCCAUUUUUCGCUACUCGGUCGCCCAAGGAGAAGGAGACGAAACCUAAGCCCCUUGGUUAUAAAUUCAAACUAAGAAGUGAAGAAAGUUACGAGAAUUUAUGUAAGAGCACCACCUUCUUAGAGAAACGUAUGGAGAGAAGUAAGAAGGAAAAACAAACCGAGAGAAAUACCAAUUAUAAAUUCUGGGAGCCACCCAGUACUUUGCGCAACAAUGACCCUAAGAUGGUUGCGUAUGUUAACAAACUGCGCAUGCUGAAGAAAAAAGCUCGUGCUCGGUUCGAGAGCCCAUACAAAAACGUGCAGUAUCUAAUCACAGGGGUCGCUUUCACCGGUGGAAGACCACAUUAUUUACUGGCUAAUGUUUCCUUACUGCCAACGGGAUACGUAGCUAUUAACGAAGGCAUCACUAUAUCCAACAACGAGGCCGUUACUCACAUAGACGGCUUUUGGAAAUACCCGAAUGAAGAUGAGGAAAAAUGCGAUAGCACAUGUGACUGUAUUACUAAAUGGGAGCCAACCGUAAUGGACUACUUAAAGGAUUCUAAGUGUAAAUGUGGCCAUCUAUAUGAUUACUACAACGCUAGUGCAAAAAAUAAGGAAAAGUAUUUCUAUCCACCCACUCGACACGGGCCCUUUUGGUUUGAUAGAGCUAAAAUUUAUCAACUAGAUCCCAUUGAAGACUUCAUCAGGGAUACUUUCAAUGAGGCAAUGAAAUCCAAUGAAACUACGCCUGAACCAUCAGAGCCUUGUUUAAAUGCCUUUGGAUUGAAGGAAAGCGAGCUGCUCUCUGCGUUUUUAGCAGAUCUUUCUGAUUCACCACUUCUUAUUCCUCACUUACCCGAAGCAAAUCUUCUGAACAACCUUCAGGGGUGGGCCAGAAGCAGAGUAAAAGGCAAAAUGUCACCGAAAAAACACAGACGUCUGCAACUGCAGUCACAGCGGCGAUGGCUUGACUUGAAGCACAUGGACUUCAGAGCCCGGGCAUGUAGGAUACCGUUCUCUCUGAAGCAGUUGGCGCAUAUGAACUGGUCACAUCGCCACUUAAUACAGCAACUGUUCGAUGUUUUGAUAGAAGACUUUAUUACGAGAAACAGGAUAAAACAAGUGGAACAAACGCGCCUUUGGUGGUCGACAAUGAAAUAUGAUCAUUAUCCAGGCAAACCAUUCUUAGAUAUAUUCUUUACUUAUAUGCCCGGAAGAAUGAAAGACACCCAUCUAAUUAACCCCUACAGUGCAGAACUUACUCCGAAAUGGGGAGCUAAAACAUGUCCUUUGGGGAACUAAUAAAUGAGACCAAGUGAAUUCAGAUUUAACACUACCGAAAACUUAGAUUUUUUGGCGAAAAUGUGAAUUCGAAGAAUUUUGCUCGGUUAUGUUUUGUAAUUGUUUGAAUUUAGGUACUAUUGCAAUUGUCCAUAAAAU